AUGCUCAACUUGCCAUGUGAAAAGGUGCUACAUGACGCUUUCCUAACCGGUCUUCUUAACUUAUCACAACGGCAGCUCAAAGAAUUCCCGAAUGAAGCCAGUUCCGAUAUUAGUGAUCUCAUCAAAGCAGGUAGGUUAAUAUAGUUGAAUUUGAUGUAGAUCGUUGUUAAUUUGGGGCAUAGUGUUGAUUUUUUGAUUUUGGUAUGUUUAUGGGUUUUAAAAUGAAAUGGCAUUGCUGGGGUUUUAAUUAAAAAUGGUUUGGGCAGAAUGCCAAAGUUGGCGGAAAAGUCAAAGUUUAAAAAUUUAAAUAGACGGUAAGUGAAAAAAUAUGACAUUUUUGGGUUUUCAAAUGACAUUAAAGGGCUAUAACUGCUUCCGAUGUCAAAUUUCAAAAUUUAGUGCAUAAUGCCAAAGUUGGCGGGAAUUUGAAUUUUAAAAAUUUUUAAUUGUUCAAAAACUUGCUUUUCUUUGCAGAUAUCAGCUCAAACUGCCUGACCGAACUCCCCAUCACAUUAUGUGAACUCAGAGUGUUAGAAACCCUAGAAUUCCGAUCGAACUCAUUAAAAACCAUUCCUCCGGCCAUUUCGUCGCUCAUAAGCCUAACAUACCUGGACCUAAGUGACAACCACCUCACCGACCUUCCAGAUGUACUCUUCAGUUUACCGUUGAAAGUGCUAUUACUGUCACGAAAUCGACUGCAGUCAAUUUCGGCCGAAAUCCGACAUCUUGGCCCAACCAUCGAGGAGAUUGACCUGUCGUCGAAUAAGAUACGAUCUCUGCCAAAUGGGCUGUCGGUAUUGACGGAACUGAGAGUGUUGAACUUGAGAGGGAAUCAGCUAAAGGAUUUGCCUGGAGGUAGGGUGGCUUUGGCUUUGGUUUAUUUAAAAAUGGCAUUUUUUGUUAAAAAUUUUUGAAUUUUGGGGGUCUUUGUGAUGUCAUGGUUAAUAAAAUUGAUGCUGUAGCCGUACUUUUUGUCAGAUUUUUGUGAAAAUUUGACAGAAUGUAGCUAACAUAAUGCAUGUUGACUAUGCGAAUUAUAAAAGGGCAGUUUUUAUUUUUAGCUUUUAAAAUUUUUUUUAAUUUAAAAAAAGCUAAUUUUGACCAAAAUUUUGCCAAUUUUUACGUUUAUAUCGGUUCUAAUCGAGAUUCUUGCCAUUUUAAGACAUUGGAACGAUGAAUGUAAGGUCUCUGGAUCUUGGCAACAACUUAUUGAUUAGAUUACCGGUCGAAUUCUGUAAGCUUGGAGGCUGUGUGGACUUUAAAGUGGAUGGAAAUCCUUUGAUCGAGCCGCCUAUGAAUGUGGUUAGACGGGUAAGACAUUGAAUUAAAAGUUUUUUCUGAUAUAAAUUUACAUUUGGGAUUUAAAAAGUUUAUUUUUAAGUUAAAUUAGUAUUUGUUACCUAAUUUUUUUUGUUUCCAAAAUUUUUCUUUUCAGGGCCGAGCCCACAUUUUCAAAUGGUUGUCCACAAAAAUCGAUGACAAUCAUACCAACAACAACAUAACGGAUCGUAUGAUGAAUGGAGAUCAUGCUCUGACAGCCAGCUGUGCCGCUUUUGGCCUUAACAGCUCGUAUGGCCUCGAUUUCAACAGAGCCAACACUCUCAACGCGACGAUUCGCCGCUCGGAUCGAGGAAGGUGCGACACUAAUUUUGAAAAUUUUGCCGAAAUCUUGUCUUGUCUUCGGGAAAUUUUAGCCAAAAAAGACGCAGGGGAUUCUGUAGAAGCUUCUGAAGAUAUUACAGUAGAUGAUACUUUAAAGAGUUUAAAGAUAAUUGACAUAGAAUCACAGUUAGGGCAUCUAAAACGCCUGGAAGAACAAUUGUCCGAAAUUGUAAUGAAAAAUGAGUUAGAUCAAACCAACCGGUCGAUAAAAAAUAGUGUGGAGUACUUUGAAAGAUUGUCUAUAGAUUCUAGUUUUCAUGCUAUGGAUUCAGGAUGCAGAAGUAUGAAUGCUUCAUCGUGUUCUGACUCGAAAUCUAUAGCACCAUCAGAUCCGAUGCAAGAGGAAAAGGUCUUUAAUGGGACAAAAGUCAAUGUCAUUAAUUUGUUAUCAAUCCCAAAUACUAUUUAUAACAAUAUUAGGGAUCUUAACUUUAGUUCAAAAACUUCGGACAUCCCAUAUUUACCCGAUAUUAUCAUAGAUUUGCGUGGUAACAAGAUUAACCUUAACAUCACUGUUGUCCUCAUGAUUACCCUUGGUUUCUUCAUAACCCCAAUAGUUUUGUUUGAGUUUAUCAAGUCUGGAAAGGUCUUCAGCGUGUGUUUCAGUUAUUUCAUAGGUUUAUUCCGGCUAUUGUACUGGUUGAAUGAGUUAUUUUUCAAAAUGUUGGAGUUAAUCGUAUGAACAAUAUUGUUGAUCAAAAAAAUCUCUUCUGGACACUAUUAUAGGUUAAUACGGGUUAAAAAUUUUAUAUAGUUCAAACUUACCGGUCUCCAUCCUAUCAUUUACAUUUUAAACAGUUUUCUUAAAAAAUUGCAUUUUGAAUUCCCGCCAAUUUCGCAGUUCAAAUAUUUUCUUGGCAUCCCGUCGCAAAUUAAAAAUUUAUCAAAUUCUUACAAAAAUCUCAGUUAGCCUUAAAAUUUUGUUGACUAUCAGCUACAACGCCUGCUUUUUUAUCAGUAAUCGACUGCAAUAUACUUGUUUCUGCUUAAUAAUUUAUAUCGACUAAUCUUGAUUAAUAUAAUGUUAUAUUUACUAUUGUUACAUGAAUGAAAAUACAUAAAAUCCAUCAAACUUACUUACAAUUUGUUAUUUGUCAAGAAAAAAGGACGUGAUUUUGUGUAUAAUGUGAAAUGUUUUGUCAGUCAUGUUGUUAUAGGUGUUGUUGAUGUUUAUUGUGUCGUAACUUUUGUUCUACCGUAUGUUUCUUUGUGCUUCUUGGCUGUAAGAUAAGGAAGGGUUUGAGGAUGAUUGUCGCAAAAUUGUGGGUGAUUUGGACAAGUUUGUUUGAAGUUUUUGAAUUUUUAAAGAUGGGGUGUUUCUCUUUUAUGUGUAAUAUAGGAAUAACUUGAUAUAUCUUGGUAUUUUGGUCAAUAUUUCUUGCUAUAUACAUUGUUGUUGUUUAGUAAAUUUAUAAUUAGUUUUUUUUCUAACUGAUUAGCUUGUAAUAACGCCUAGGAACAGCGGCAUUCAGCGAUAUUAACCUUAAAUACAUUUGAUCUCAAUAUUUUUAAAUUUCAUUUUAAACCAUGCUUUUUUGUUAAAAUUACUGGUGUUGGUGAUUAUUACAAGCUAGCCAGAUGUUUUUGCUACCUUUCGCUUGUUUUACCCUUUGGUUUUAAUUUCGUUUCUUUUUUGGUUCAGCCAGUACAGGAAUUUGGAGCAAAAACGGAUAGAACGGCGGUCGAGAAGUUCACGAUUGACAACAACUGUAAGAUGCGGACCUUUCAAUGGUACGGAUUCUGGAUACAUAUCGACUGGAGAUGAUCUUCGAGAUCAGUUGGAGGUAAAUGUUAGGCCUAAUUUCGGAGGUUUGUCUAAAUUUAUAUUAUAGAUGAGUUAAGUUUGACUCUAUGAAUAGAGUGUAAAUGGAUGUAAAGCUGUAUAGAAUAGAUAGAUAUUCGUAUUUUAUGUUUAUAGCAUGAUGUUCUAACUGUUUUGUAUAAUAGCUUUUAGAUUUUGUAAAGUUAUGAGGAAUUACAGCUUUUUUAAUACUUAAAAGGCAUGGUUAAUAUAAUUUUUGAUAAAACCUGAACUUUAAGCAAAAUAUUAAUUAAAAAUAUAGUUAAAUUGAUAAAAUGCUACUUUUUUCGACUAAUUUUAGUAUUUAUUUUAGUCUAUCAACUUGGGAUUGAACGAACUCAACGCUUCAACCAAGACUUUAUGUUACGUCGAUGAAGUUGAUGUAAAUUCAAAUGACGUGACAUUAAAAGAAAGCGAUUUGGUAAAUGAGAUUCAGAAGACUUAUGAGCAGUCACUGGUAAGUUUUUUUCUUUGUUUUAUUGGUUUUUAGGUACGAAAUGAUGAAAAAAUGUUAUGUUGUACAUGAUAGUCGGUAUGAAGCACGGGUUUUUAGCCAUAACUUAGGAAAAGCUUGAUGUAUAGCUAUGAUUUUUGACAUAAAUGAAAGGUGAUAUGUUGUCAACGUUUUUUAGAAGUUACAGUUUUGUAUGAUCAGUUUCGGCAGAGUUAUGAAAGAUUUUGUGUGACAUAGUCAUGUAUAACAUAACAUUUUAUUUUUCAAAGUGGUUUUUUGGAUAAACUUAAUGUUUUUGACAAAGUUUAGAAAGUCGGUUUUAAGAAGACUAUUAAAUGUACUUAUUACGUUACUUACAUUCCAGGCCAGCACAUUAAAGUCAACUCAAGUAUCAUCAGUUCAAUCUCCAAGUCAUUCGACCAGUUUGUUAGACCUGAGCAACAACAAUGCUCAACGACUUUUGAAAUCGCGUCCAACGAACGUUGUGCCACCGUUGACAAGGGAAAGAGCAAAUGGAGUGUCAUCAACUACGGUUAAUAAAGUUUUGUCACCAGUUGAAGAGAACAACGAAAAGGUCGAAAGUGAGUGGUUAUGGUACCUUUUUUGGGUUAUUUUGGUACUUUAAUUAUGUUAUACGGGGCUAUGGUACUUUUUUUAGGUUUAUAAAGUACUUUUAGGUUUAUCUUGGUAUAUAAUUUGGCUUUGGGUUUAGUUUUAUUUCAAACGGCUUUAACUUCUUCUUUCUUUGCAUUCUUAUUGGUCUUUUCAGGAGUAACUUGAAUAUAUUAGGUGCUGACAUAAAGAACCAUACUUUGCCUUUAAUUUUCUGUAAAAAAUGGCGAGUUCUUUAUGUCGGCACCUAAUAAAUCUAUAAAAAAGGUCUUUGUGCUCGUUUUGAAUGAUCACAAUAUCAAUAAUAUAAUAACUAUUGGUACCCAUAAUACUGAUGUGCUUUUGGUACUCAUAGUACGGAUGUUAGUGUAGCUCUUUAAUGUGAAGCAAAAGUAAAAUUUUGGUCUUAAAAAGGCUUUCUAAUCAGCGACCAAUUUCGCCUUAUAAAACCUAUAAAAAGAUAUUGUUAUCUAUGAGAAAAGUCAUAUUUUUGUCAUCUAAAUCACUUAAUUAUUCAGCGGCAAAUUGGAGUUCAAAAAAGUUUUUGAAAUUUUGAAAAGAGACCGGAAACCUAAAAAAGACUGCGCACGACGUUUUUGAAUGUAACGUUUGGCUAUUGUCACUUGUUAUGUGUCGAGGCCUCAGAGGUUUCCCCAAAUCAUGUCGCUUGUAAACAAAAAUACCGUUUCAGUUACCACGAAGCCACCGACAACUCAUUUGCACAAGAGUAUUACUGUAAACGGCAACGUCGGCCGCGCCAAGACCUCCUCUACAGCAACGAGCGAAACCGCGGUCAAAGAGGCGAAGUUAAGCAGCGCUCCGUCUCGUCCAACGGAAUCCGCUACGAGAACGGCGAAAACGGCUGGAACGGGCAACGAAAAUGGAACUACCGUGCCGAAUGGCCUGGAAAAAGUGGGUUUAGGCUUAAAAUUGGAUUUUUAGGCUUGAAAUUGGGUUUUAGGUUUAAAAGUUGAACUUUAGGAUAAUUUAGUGAUUUUGUUACCUAAAAUUAGUUUUUUUGGUUUGCGUUUUUAAAUUUAGGGGAAACAUUAUUUUUGUUAUCUAAAAUAUAAAUCUUUUACCGAAAAAUCCAGUUUGUUACCUAAAAUUCAAAGUUUUAGAUUUUGAUACUUAAAUUUUCAUUUUUGCUACCGAAAGUUGUAAUUUUGAUUUCAAUAAUUUAAAAAUUUGUUUUUAAUACCUAAAAUUUUAAAUUUUUUACCUAAAACAUCAUUUUUUACUUAAAAUUUUGUUUUUGUUACCUAAAAUUUUCAAUUUUGCUAUUUACCUAAAUUAACUAUAUCAAUCUUUACAGACCCGGCCCGCCCGACCAAUCACUCGAUCCGGCUCCAUAUCAACGGCCACCAAACUUCCGUCGACGCGGCCGUCGACUCUGUCGUCACGCACAAAUUCAACAACAUCGAGUAGGAUGUCGUCUCGCAGCUCGAGCACAAUGUCAUUAGCGACUAAAGAACCGAAAAUUGUCAGGAAAGCAGUAGCAACAGGAAGAGGAGCCAAAAUUCAACCGGUUGGAUCGAAAAUCACUGCCAGGACGGUAGGUGGAAGACAUUUUGUUUACAGGGGAUUUUAAAAUGAAGAAAUUUUGUUUACAGUCUUUUUGUGACAGAAAAUGAUUUUUUAAAGUUGAUUUUUAAAAUUUUAAAAAUUUUUGGGCAUGGAAAUAAUUUUUUUUGGUUUUUUUUUUAAAAUUGGGUUUGUGCACCUUGCGAGCGACAAGUUAUCGUUUAAAGUUAUUUUUAGACAUUUCACGUCGUGUAAAGAAAGUUUUUGCUAUUCUUUGUUUUGUAAAGAGUUCUUGCAUUUUUUGUUUUGUAAAGAAAGUUCUUGCCAUUUUUGGUUUGUAAUGAAAGUUUUUGCCAAUUUUUUUAAAAAGAUGAAAUUUUUUCAAUUUUUAAAAAUUAAAAUUAAGUUUUUUAAUGAAAUUCAUUUUCAGAUAGCUCCAGAAUCAGAAAUCAAAAAAGAGCUGAAUGGAAAUCCACCCCCACCGAAACAAUUCCAAAAAGCCCAGAGCAUCGACAGAACAACAAUAUCGGCUCGAAAAUUGACCACAAGACCAAAGACUCUAUUAACUCAAAGUAAAAUGAGUCAGUCGGUUAUGAAUCUGAAUGGAAGUACACUAACAACAUCAAGUUCGGUCGAAGUUUUGAGAAAAACCCUUCAGAAACAUGUGACGGAGAAGCUGGAGGUAACUAGAGAAAAACUGGCAUAUCAACUAGCAGACGGAGUGAUUCUGUGCAACUUUGUCAAUUCUCUUUGGCCAAGAACAAUACCGACGGUGGGAAAGGCGUUGGGAAGCUUGGUAGGUUAUAUUUUGGGGGUUUCUGUGGAUUUUUUAAAUUUUUGAAAAUUUUUGAUUUUCAAAAAAAUUGGAAAGAAACUUUUUUCAAAAACCUUUUUCAAAUGGUGAAAAUUACUAACAAAGGUUAUUUUUUUACCAUUGUAAACAAAGUUAUUGCCAAAAAAUCAAUCUCUGCACCGUGCAGCGCCAUUUGUCAUUGUCGCACUGUGCGAAAACGCGGUCCCAUCCGAUCUGGCAAGUUAAGCAACGGUGCGCUUGAUUAUGAAAAGUUCGGGGAACACUGUGUGGAAACAAAGCUUUUGGGCUUUUUAUAAUAAAGAAAGUUUUUGUAUUUUCAAGGCAACACGAUAUACAUAAUGACAUUUUUUGGAUUUUAAACAAAGUUUUUGUAUUUCUUCUUAUUUUUUGUGUAUCAUUUUUGCCCUUUUCAGUCAGUAGCCCAAACUCGAGCACGAAAGAACGUGGAGAACUUUAUUGUAGCUUGCAGAAGUCAUGGUGUGUCAGAUGUAAGUGUUAUUGUUGAAAUUCAAUUUAAAAAAUUUUUUUUUAAUUUUAAAAAAAUUUUAAUUUUAAUUUGAAAAUUUUUUUUGAACUUUGGAUUUGAAAACUUUUAAAAAAUCAAGUUUAGACCUCCCUAUGCACGGUGACGGACAUUCUGGAACGGAAAAAUCUUCAAAACACUGCCAAAACGGUCGUUGCACUCGCAAAACUGGUCGAUAAACACGUGUAAUAUAUAAAUAUUAUGUUAUUUUGUACAAUAAACUAUUGUUUUUCUUUGUAAUUUUUUUACGUUUUCAGUUGCUCCUGUUUUAUAUUUUGUAAAGAAAGUUUUUUCGUUUUUUAGAUUGUGAAGAUUUUUUUGCAAUUUUACUAUUUUUAAAGGAAGGUCUUGCCAAAAAUUACCAUGUCACAAACAGAGCAUUUGCAGGGCAAAGCAUAGGUCAUGCUCUGCCCUGUUCCAAGCUAUGCCUUGCCAAGUAAAAAAUUUUUAAAGCAUGCCCCAUACUAUGCUUUUGGUAUCGAAACGAAUCAUUGAACGCGCUAAACGAAAGCUUUUUUGUUGGCCUUGCGUUUUCUCUCUUAUUUUCGCGAAGUAAAUAUACCUUAUUAUCGAGACAUUAUUGGUAUUUUAAGAUUCCAAUAAUUAAUUCUUUGGAAAAGUAAUGGAUAGGUUCAACUCUUUGGUCUGCACUUACCCUCAGGUGAGUUUUGUUGUUUUUUUGAUAUUAUAAGGGGUAUAUUCAGAGUUCAUGUUAACGUAACUUUUUUUGUCGAACUUUAUUGUUAUUUGCUUCAGGCAUAUGUUCGUCGACAAUUGAUAUUCUCGUGUCUAACAUGUCAAAAGUCGUCUGGAGAAAUGGCUGGAAUAUGUUUUGCUUGCAGCGAGAACUGUCACGAAGGUCAUGAACUGGUUCAGCUGAACAAGCGGCGUGAUUUUUGUUGCGAUUGUGGUAAUGCCAAAUUUAAGGACAACAAUUGCAAACUUUUUUAUGUAAGUUAAACAAAUUUGUUGUUUUAGGUGGCUUUGAUGUUUGUUUCAGUUUUAACUUAAAAGUUUUAGGUUUAUAUGGUAUUUUUAAGACUUUAUGUUUCACUAACUUAUUUAUUAAUAAAAUAUAUUUUAGGGUAAAGUCCCAGCCAACUUUUGCAACAAGUACAAUCACAAUUUCAAAGGCCUUUACUGACAUGUGAUCAGUUUUGGGAUGUACUUCAAGAUGAUCUAAUGUCUUCCCAAAAAAUGUUACAAUGUUUUAUCUGUGAGGACUGGUUCCACGCUGAACAUGUUGGUAUAAACGAGGACUAUUGUCGUCUCGAUCUAAAUGCUGAAUUGGUCUGCAUCGGCUGUGCCAAAUCACACCUUUGGCUAAGAAAGUACAAAAAGUUGUAUGAUGAACAAAUCGAAAGAGGCUUGAUCAUAAUGGGUCGCAGAGAGACGGCUACAUGUGUGCUGGAUUAUGUUCGUGUCGAGGAUGAUGGGAAAGGCAUAUGUUUUACCUCUGCAGAGUGGAGAAAAUUAUUGUGCAAAUGCGCGGAAUGCCAGGUAGGAUAGGGUAUGGCAAUAUCAUGUUGUCCGAAUAUGGAUUGUAACGAGGGUUAAAGCACUGCAUUUUUUUUUCCGUUGGGUUUCCCGCCAAACUCAUACCUUAAAAACUGUAAUAGUUAUUAAGACAGUAACAUGUAAUAUUCAUUUUAGCGCUUCUACAAAGACGACGACAUCGGCCAGAUUGUAACCAAUGGAAAUGACAGAUUCAAUUCAGGUUUGUGUUAUUUUUAAGCUUUUUUUAAUGUUUUUUAUUCGUUUUUAUCGUUCAAACGUAAAAAAUGAAUUAAUGACAUCUUAAGGUUCUAAAAGCUAUAACAAAUUCAAAAGUUGAGUAAAUUUUGAAAGUUCAAAUUGUUUUAAGCUAUAUUUUUGAUAUUUCAUGGCUUUAUUAGGAUGUAUAUGAGUUUUCGUAUCCUUGUAUUACCUUAUCAAUAGUUGAGUUUGUGACUGGCAGAAGUCUAUAUUGAACAUUUUCGUAAUGAAAUAUUGAGUACGAUAUAGUUUAUAGCAAGUAUAAGACGUCGCGUACAAUAAGUUGUAGUAUACGAAUAGGUUUGGGAUACAACAAGGUCAUGAAUUGGAUCAAAAUUGUGUUUGAAGAUUAAGAAUCGAUGUGAUAGCAAAUUUACUUUUUACAUUUGGUCAAGUAUGUUGGAAUAUAGACAUAUAAUUAGUAUAUAAAACUAAAUUAAUAUGAAUAGUGAGGAAUUUGUAUAUAAGCUAUAUUGACAUAAAUAAAUGUAUGUUGUAGUAAAGAAAGCAUAGUAUUAGUCAGGGUAAGAUGAGUUGGUAAGAUGGUAGUUAAAAUACUAGCGUUACUUUGAAUAUUUUCUUGUUGAGAAAAUGUAAAUAUGAAGAGUAAAACGGUUAUAGUAGUAAAAUAUGGUUUUGAUAAAGGUGUUGUAAAAGUUUUAGUUUGAGUAUUUAUAUCUCUUUCACAAAAUAUAAAUCUAAGUUUUAGAUCCGAUACUAAACCGAUUUGACAAGUUAGAGGAACAUGUAAACAAGCUUGACAAGUCUGUUAAGAAACAAGAGAUGCACGACAAGGAACGGACUGUAAGUUUAUUUAAAGUCAUCCUUUGAAUUACUUUUUGAUAUCUUUCGAAAAUCGUAGCUUUGUCUUCAGUUCUCAAAAAUUGCUAAACCCUUUUGGUUAAAAAAUAUUAACCAUUUUAUAUUAAACAUUCCUACACCUAUCGCGAAAUCGAGAGUUAGCUAAUAAAAUUAAGGAAACAAUAGGAUACAGUAGAUAAUAACUGUAAAACACAUUAAGAUUGCAGUAAAAUUAGAUAAUAAAAGUAAAUUAUAAGUACAAUAAUAAUAUUAUGUAGUGGUUGAUAUACGAUAAGGUAACCUAAACAAUAAAAUUCAAAGAAAACCGACUAAUAAAUUAUAAAAUUUUCGUUCUGAAACCCAAGAAAAAAUAUGUGACAUUUUUGUUUCGGCCGAGUUAUGGUCUUUUAAAUUUCGUUUUUCUAUGAUUUUCCCAAAACUUAUGUAGGAAAACGAACGAAAAGGAAAGUGUGAUUAG